UGAUCGUGACAUAUGUCACUUGUGGGACGUGGAACGUCACUACAAGGGGGCAGCGGGAGGCGAGGAAGACUCCAGCGCCGCCAUAUUCGGAUUGGACCGCGACAACAACGCACGCGCGUAACGAGCGCGUCGUCCUAACGUCAAAAUGACGACAUUUAUAUUCAAUUUGUAAUUUCUCUCUUAAUAAUUCAUUAUAAUAUGUGAAGUUGUUACUGGCGGUUUUACUUCAUGAAGAUCCCUAAACACCUGUCUCAUCGGCGUAAGAAGCUGCGGCAGCGACUCUUCCCUGCGGGAUUGGAGCGAGAGGAGAGCGUCGGCAGAGCGGUCGAGACGGGCCUUAACAUGGCGACCGUGACAGGACAAAGAAUCCAACAAUCUUCGGGUACAUCUUCUGAGGUCUAAGGCGAUCCAGUAGUAAUCAACAUCUACAAUAUGGACAUGGAUACAUAAUUUCUACAAUGUGAACUACGAAGAAUGUGAAGAUAACGCGGCGCGGCAUGAUUAAAAUGGAAGUAAGCCCAAUUUUGGUAUAAAAAUAAUAAUUUAAAGUCACUUAUUUCGUGAAAACGUUUCAGUGGGUUUCAGAUUGCUUCGUUUUGGGUGAUCAGUGUGCAUAUGCCUCUUAUAAUUUCGUAAUAAGCUAUGUGAGCUUCUUGGUCGGCGUCGUCCGCCAUUUGCAUAUGCAUCUUUUCAUUUCUGUUUGCCGCGUUUGCAUAACGUAAAAUUUCAAUUCCAUGUAAGUUCUAUGUCCAAAUAACUAAUACAUAUAACCUACAACUUUGGCUUGGAUAGUGUUUCUAAUAGUGUUUUUAUUUGUUAAUUUUAAUUUUAUUUGCACGAAGUACUAAGGUUUGUCAUGACCCUAGGUUGCCUAUCUGCUGUCCAAGCAAGUAACCUACUCUGCUUCUGCAAGCACUAACCAAGCCGCUGUUGCUUAUUUCUAAUAUGUAGCUAUGUACCAUCUGUGAAACAAUCAGGCAGGUCGUAAGCAAACUAAUGUUUUUGUACUUUGUGUACCAAACUUAUUCUAUUAUGCCACCAACGGUGAAACAAUCCAUUUAGGGGCACACAAUAAUUAAUUCUUAAAUUUUAUGUUGCCAUCGGUGAAACAAUCCAUUUAGGUACAUAAACUAUUUCUAUAAUGUUGUGCUACCAACGGUGAAACAAUCCAUUUAGGAGCAUACAAUAAUUAUAAUUUUAUGUUGCCAUCGGUGAAACAAUCCAGCUAGGUACAUAAAAUAAUAAUUCUUAAUUUUAUGUAACCAUUGGUGAAACAAUCCAGCUAGGUACAUACAUAUUAACUAAUACUUUAAAGCUAUGGUGAAACAAUCCAAAUAAUAUAGCACAAAACAUUUAAUUUAUAAUUUUUAAAGCUAUGGUGAAACAAUCCAAAUAAUAUAGCAUAAAACAUUUAAUUUAUAAUUUUUAAAGCUAUGGUGAAACAAUCCAAAUAGUAGUCUUUAAGUUUCUUUAAUUAUUCUUUAGCUAUUAGGUGAAACAAUCCAAAAUAAUAGCACAAUUAUAAUUUUAUUUGUUAUGCAAUAAAUUUUAUGUUGUCAUUUGUCAUUAUUGCAUAGUCAUACUAAUAUUCUAAUCUUAUUCAACUUGUUUAUAAGUUAUUUCAUAAGUUGCUAAGCACUUAUUCUUCAUGCUAAGUCCCUAAUAGGGUAGGCAGAUCUUAUAGUCUUUAAAUUAAUGUGAAACAAAUAUUGAAGUGUUCUGCUGAACAUAUUUCAGAGUCGCUGAGCUACAACCGUCUUCGGGGUCCACACCGGGGUUCGGCUUAUACGCAGCGCGUGAGAGUGAGUGACACCGUGGCACAGCUGCGCUCUGCACUGCACUGCACUCCACUGCGCGUGAUUCGUCAACACCGCGUCCAUUGCCGCUUUGCAAUACAUUGCGGCGCAUAUGGUUUAAUUUUUAUAUUACUAUUUUUGCGUUGUCUGUUCAACUUGUCUAUCUGUUGUCACUUCCAUAACGUAACGUAGUCAUUAUGGAAGGCGAAUUGAAUACUUUAAUUAGACAAAGAAGCUCUAUAAAGGCAAGGAUAACUAUUUUUCAUAAAUAUGUGGACAGUAUUAAAUUAAUUGAAACUAGUAAACUUGAUAAAGUAAUGCUAAGUGAAUUACAAUUGAAAUUGUCUCGAUUUCAAGAACUUUUUGUAAAGUUUGAUGAUAUUCAAUCUAAAAUUGAAAUUUAUGCUACUAAUAUUGAGGAACAAAUGCUGGAACGAGACAAAAUUGAAGAUUGUUUUUGUAAAUUGAUUUCUUUGGCGCAAAAUAUUUGCGAUCAGUAUAAUGUAGUUGAAGAAGUAAGGCACCCGCGUUCCGAGUCAGGUCACGGCAGCUGCCACUCUUCAAAUAAUAAUUGUAACAUUAAACUGCCAACUAUUAAACUACCGACCUUUGACGGUAAUUAUUUAAAAUGGCUCGAGUUUCAUGAUUCAUUUGAUACUUUGAUAAACAAAAAUGAUUCUGUCCCAAAUAUAAAUAAAUUUCACUACUUGCGUUCCUCACUGGAGGGCGCUGCAGCAGUUGUUAUUAAAUCAAUUGAAUUCACUGCUAAUAAUUAUAAUUAUAAAUCUGCUUGGAAUCUUCUUUGUGAGCGGUUUAAUAACAAACGAAUUUUAACAAAUAAUCAUAUCAAAUGUUUAUUUAAUUUUGAUCCCAUCACAAAAGAAUCUUACAAAUCAUUAAGAUACAUGAUUGAUUAUUAUUCAAAGAAUUUAAGUGCAUUGGAACAGUUAGAGGAACCCACGGAACACUGGGAUACCUUAAUUAUCUUUAUGAUGGCAUCAAAACUGGACAGUGCUACAGCACGCAAGUGGGAGGAGCACAAAAGUAAUCUUGAAAAAUCACCAACUCUUAAAGAAUUUAUUAAGUUUUUGCGCUCUCGUGCUGACGUUUUGGAAACCAUGCAGUACAACCACAACAGUGGGGCUGCAAGGAAUGAAAAACAAAGAUUUACAAAAUCUUUUGUCGCUUUAUUUGGCGAUAAUACAAAUUAUAAAGAAUGUAUUAUAUGUAAACAAUCUCAUCUUCUAUACCAGUGUACUAUAUUUAAAGAAAUGUCGUUGGAAGAUAGGUUGGCUCAUGUCUCAAAGUUCAACUUGUGUAAGAACUGUCUUCGUACAGGGCACCGACCUGCACAGUGCCGUCUAGGUCCGUGUCGCUUCUGUAAGAAAAAACAUAAUUCUUUGUUACAUAAAUCUAAAACAAAUACUAAUAAAUAUAGGUUGUCGCACUUACCUGUUGCUUCCGCCGUUGCCAGCCACGUCGCUGGUGCCGCCGCCGCAGUGCCGCCGUCGCCUGCUGUCGCUGAGUCGUCGUCGCCUGCCGCCGCGGUGUCGCCGUCGUCUUCUUUGUCUCUUUCUGCGGCAACGCCGGGACAGGUGCUCCUUUGUACCGCUGAGGUGGAGUUAGUAGACCUGAAAAGUAAUAACACUUACCCUGCUAAAGUGCUGCUAGACAGUGGAAGUCAAUCUUCUUUUAUAACUGAAAAAAUGCAAAAUAUAAUGAAUCUUGAUUCCAACAAUGUAAGACCAAUGCCGGUCUCUGGAAUCAAUAAUAGUAAAACAAGUGUAAAUAAAGUCUGUAAUUUACGAAUAAAGUCUAAGGUCAACUCAUUCCACAUUGAUUUGUCGUGUCUUGUCAUACCACAAAUUACUAAUCAACUACCUAAUGUGGAAAUUGACCCCUCGCGUCUUAACAUUCCUAAUAAUGUUCUACUGGCGGACCCGGGCUUCUUUCGUCCCUCCGAGAUACAUGUUCUUUUAGGGGCAGAUGCCUUUUGGGAAGUCGUGGAGUCGCAGCAAAUUAGACUUGGGCGAAACAAACCCACUCUUCAACAAUCUAUGUUUGGCUGGCUUGUCGCCGGCCCGACGAGUGUAAACCCUACUGUUACUAAUUGUCAUGUACAAUGCUAUUUCUCUCGAGAUAUACCAAAGUCUUUUCCUAAAUUGUGGAAAUCUAAAGAUGGAUUUUCUUCAUCAUCUAAAGUGUAUAAGAAAAGAUUUUAACUAAUGUAAAUAUAUCUUGUCAUCUGAGUAGGUGGUGAAUGUUCUAACACCUCAUAAAGUUAUUUUACCUGAAACAAUGGUUAGUUUGUUAAUACAAGUUUAUACUAUUUUAUUACAAACAUUCUUAUAUAACUAAAAUUACAAAUACUAAUAUACUUAUUAUAAUAAUUUAUGUCUAUGUCUUAUGCUUUUAUAAACGACUUUAAAAUAAUAAAAUAAAUAAUUAAACUAUACUACUGCUACUAAAGUUUAAAUAAAAAGUAAAUAAUUUACUUACCUUAUAGACAACAUGUCUUAGCGGGAAUCUUAUUUUGUUAAAGAUGUCCACGUAUUUCAAACAUAAUAUAAAUCACUAUAAAUACUUAUAAUUUACAUCAACCUCGUGUCACUCUUAGACUUGCUGCACCGACUUUGUUAUAGUCCUUCUAUUUCUCCAGCCGCAAGUGGCGUGUAGUUAAAAUAUCGAAAUGUUGCCUUUGUAUACAUUUGUCUGUUUUUCUACCUAAGUACAAUCAUACUUUGCCUUUGAAGAUUUAUAGCGCGACGUGGAAAGCCACGCACUAUUUUCUGUGACAAUGAAAAUAAUUUCAUAGGUACAAUAAUAGGUGAGUUGAACAGACUAGCUCAAAGUUGUAACCGUGAGGUUGAUGAAUUUACGUGCGGUGAGGGCACUGUUUUUCAAUUUACGCCUGUGUAUUCGCCUAAUUUCGGUGGGAUCUAGAGGGCGGAUGUUAAAUCGACAAAUUCCGUUUUAUUAUUACGAGUAGCUGGCAACACGAGUUUACCAUCUAUGUACACUGAUCUCUCAAAUCGAGGCAAUCUUAAACUCGUCUGUUGACCCGUUGUCAGCUGACCUUUAGGUUUGACAUUCUUAACGUAUGGGCACUUCUUACUUGGUCGUCCACUAACGUCGAGUCCUUCACCAACCAUCGAGAAGAUAUGCUUCAAUCGAUACCAACUCCUAGAACGUCCCGUCAGUACUUCUAGAGCAGGUGGACCAUGGAGUACCUGUCUCAAUUACAAACGAGAACGAAGUGGAAAACUCCGGGACAUAGCUGCGACGUCAGUGACCUGAUCGUCGUCAAGGAAGACAAUGUUCCACCCAUGAAGUGGGUCAUGGGACGCAUCAAAGUUCUUCAUCCUGGACCUGGACCUGCAUCAGCCGCGUUGCUGAUAUUCUAACUUCAAAGGGCAUGAUAAGGCUGACACUAACCAAAGUGUGUCCGCUGGUGCCUAGAGAUUCUCAUGAGCUCCUUGAAAGCCAGCUUUCAAGGGGGGGGAGCAUGUUAAUGAUCGUGACAUAUGUCACUUGUGGGACGUGGAACGUCACUACAAGGGGGCAGCGGGAGGCGAGGAAGACUCCAGCGCCGCCAUAUUCGGAUUGGACCGCGACAACAACGCACGCGCGUAACGAGCGCGUCGUCCUAACGUCAAAAUGACGACAUUUAUAUUCAAUUUGUAAUUUCUCUCUUAAUAAUUCAUUAUAAUAUGUGAAGUUGUUACUGGCGGUUUUACUUCAUGAAGAUCCCUAAACACCUGUCUCAUCGGCGUAAGAAGCUGCGGCAGCGACUCUUCCCUGCGGGAUUGGAGCGAGAGGAGAGCGUCGGCAGAGCGGUCGAGACGGGCCUU